AUGCCUUCCGACGCACUUAUCAUACAAACCGUACAACAAAUCAAGGACUCAGUUUGCCGAUCCGAAGGUUGCAACUGGCUUGGGAACUUGCAGACCAACAGUGCAAAACGUCACCGGGCAGGUCGAUACAUCGACGGCGCUGUGAAGAUCAUGGACCUGCUACGGGACGAGCUCUUCUCCCAGGAGAUCAACGAAUAUGAAGCUCUCUACGAGAAUGUAUGCAGCUUUCCAAGAGAGUGGGCUGAUGAGCAAUUGAGAGCUGCAAGGCAACUGUGGAGUUAUGUCCUGGAAUUGGACCAAUGCUUAGCUCAUGAGCGCAUUCUCAAUACCCCGACCCCGACCAAGACGUACAUGAACAAGGGUUUGCGGACGUCCCAAUACAAUGGUCUGAGCAAGCCUCUUCAGCCAACGAAGCCUGCCUUCAAUGCCGAUGAACGGCGUCUGCUCCCAAGUGCAAGCCCCGCAAUCACUUACUGGUCGCCGACGACUUGGUAUACAACGUCCUUUGUCCCUGCAUACUACCCGGGUUGGGCGUUACUUCACGCCCCUCUCGGCUUCGAUCACUCUGGUUCCCCGUUGGUCUGGCCUGGGGCGUCAUAG